CGCUCACAUACUAAGCGGAUAGACAGUCGCGCUAUAUUCCUGUAGUCACGUUUUAACGCGAAAACAGAUAUUCGCAUUUUUCUUUUGCAUAAGUAUAGACUACAAUUAGGUGGCGUUUGGUUUUGGUCUGGACGCAGAGCUUUGUUCAAGCAGACAUGGCUGUGAAGGCAGAUGGGAUAACUCUUACGUUUUUAGUAAAUGCUUCUCUGUUUUACAAAGACGUCUGUCCUGAGCAGUCGCGCUUUCUUAUGCGAAGGCAUCAGAUGAAUGCUGCUUCCCUGCCGGAGUCUGUACUCUGCCCCUUCUGUUUCCAGUGGCGACGACCAGACAAUCAUCGGGUACGUCUGCGGCCCAAGCGGAAGCCCACGGCGAGGAUAAGAAGACUUCUGAGGAAGGAUGCAGCAGGAAGGAGACUCAACAUAGCACAAGCUGAAAUCCUUCAGAAGUUUAAAUGGGCCACCAAUGCUUUGAUGGUCACGUGUCAUACCUGUAGUAAGACAUCCAGACAACCUGGAAUGAACAGAGAAUAUUUGACUACUCCGUCAAAGUACCGCAGCACGCCAGGGAGUGUGGGCAAAUUCAGGACUCCACAGUCUGCUAAUAGAGCCACUCCAAAAUCUUUAUUGGACAGAACACCAAGUGGGACGCCAAGGUCAGUGUCCUCAAACAACAGCUUGUCGUCUUCAAAGUCAGGUAGUGCAAAGUCGUCACCUUUUGCCCGCCUUAAGAAGCUACUUAUGCUGGAAGACAAACAGCAGAGCAAGAAAGGUGGUCUGAAGGACUUCCUGUCCUCCCUCUGAACAUCUUUGAAGGUCUUAAGGGCAGUUGAGUCCUUCGCUGAUAAGCUCUGGCCCACUUUGAGUGGUGCUACUGAAAUUGAGUGUCAAGCUUGAAACGGAUGGUGUUGGUUUCUCCUUGUGUAUUACAGGGCCAUCUAGUGGAGGACUCUAAAAGGGUGGUUUAAAGAGAUUGGGCAGUACUGCCUUCAUAGCGGGUUCUGUAGAUUUAACGGCAUGACUUCCUUUCUUAUAAGUAUGCCUCUGGAUCCUUGUGGUGAUUAUAUGUGUUAUAUUGUAGGCCAGUGUCACAUUUAAGGCUGUCACACGUGCUACAGAACCAUGCUGUGAUUUCUUUUUUUUUUGGCAUUUAUUUUAUUGUUAUAUACUUGCCAUUUUCUAUAAGAAUCUGAAAUGUAAUCUGUUGUGAUGUGUUAAUUUUGUACACUUAAAAUUCACACAUUUGUAUUUACAUCCCUUUUACAUCACUGCUUCGAUUUUGUAAGGAGGGAGGGAUUGUCUUUACACUGGCUCACACAAAUGAAAUCGUUUUGUAUUUCUACAAGGGUUGAGCUGGGUUUUCUGGUUGUUUACAUUUUAUGGUUUUAUGGCUGUCAAACUAUAUAGCAAAGACCAAAGCUAUAUAGUCUUAAUUUACCAUAUUGUAUUUUUAACGGCAAUGUUAAUGAGGCUGUGAGGGAUAACCUUGCUGUACUGUACAACUUGAGUUGAACUUGGUGUUAAUUGUUCAAAUGAUGAAAAUGAUGAAAAAAUUCAGUAGACCUAAAACUGCUGAAAACACAAGUCGGGAACGUUUAGAUAUUAUCAUUGAGUUCUAUACAAUUAAUGCCGCACAGCCUCGUUUUCAAUCUCGUCAAACAUAAAAUAUUGUGCCACUCUGAAUAAGGUCUAUGGAUUACUCCUAUGUUAUUGAAAUGUUUUGCAGCACAGUGCAAUUAAAAUGGAAGAUGCUUUUGUCUUGUUUGAUGAUUCUUCACUUAUCCAAAGAACUACACAGUGCUUAUUUUGCAAUAAAAA